UUCAGUUAGUUGACCUGUCUCAGUUAGGCGAACACACUUACGCUAGGGAACAUUUUGACCGGCGAAAUAAGGAAAACUUACAUAACGAAAUCAUUGAAAACACACAGAGCAGUGAAACUAGUUGACUAGUUAACCGGGUAAAAUUCAGUCAGUCUUGCUUGAAAUUUGUUAAGGGUAACAACGAUGGCCAGCUGCGAUGUGCAAGCAACUCGCUCCCAGGACGAGUUGAAGAAGACUGAGAACACGAAGAAUGUGAAAAAUUCCGAAGAUUUGGGGGCAUUAAAUUUUAAAUCAAGCGUCGAAAUGGACGCGGAACCAACCGCCUCCUCUGAGAGCGAUCUGCGACCCUCACGCAGUUCGGUGACGAAGAUGACCACCAAAAUUCCGGCUCCCAUUUUUCUGGGUCCCAGUGGCAGUCUUCAUCAGAUUAGCAGUCGCCGCCUGUACAGCUCGGUGGUACGCAACUCGGUCGAUGAUCAUCAAAUGACAGAUGACUCGGGCAUCCAACUGGAGUCUUCGAUGACGGAACUGGCCGACACAACGCUAACGGUCAGACCCAGUCCCAUACUGCAAACGAUUCUCGACAGGAUUCCGGGAACCAGCAGCGAAAUGGAACUUCGACGGGCUGAGGAGCAAACACUCAAGGAACUUCAACGAGUCGUCGCCGAAAUGGAGGCCGAAGUGGCCCUAGAUGACCUGGAUAUGCAGGAUGUGCAGUUCGAAACUGAGGAAUCAAGGCCAAAUGAAGACCAAGGGAUCGAAAAUAAGACUGAGAACUCUGGACUAAAUGUGGGACAGCUCUCUGUAAAUAAAACGCAGCAGAAACUGCCCGACGAUCCUGAAAAAGUUCUGAGUAAUGAAGAAUUGCCAGUGGUUAAUCAACAGGCAAAGCAAGAAAAAUGUGCAGAUAUUGAGGAACAAAUGGAGGAUCCUGAAAAAGUUCUGAGUAAUGAAGAAUUGCCAGUGGCAGAUAUUGAGGAACAAAUGGACAAGGAAGUGGAACUCUUUGAGAAACUGGCUGAAGAGCCAGCUGAAGAAUCCACACAGAUGGUUCUCCAAGAACCCAUCGAGGAACCCCAGAAGUCUGUACCCGAAACGCUAAUGGAAGAACUUGAAAUGGCGAUAAGUGGGGGUGGCGAAACCGCAGAGGAUCGAUUUCUCAGGAACCAAUUCGAAAGAAGCCCCGAAACAAUGGGCCUAAAAUUUCAGCAACCAACGGAUGAGAACCAAUCCAACAUUUCGGACUCGGGACUGACUGCCCGACCAUCGGUGGAUGGAUCGGUGGAGAGCGAUCGCCGGAUGGUUCCCUUGGAAGAACUGUUCGAUCCGGAACACAAUGUGGAGCUACUGCGUCAGCUUUUGCAGUCGGGAGCCGAAGAAAACACCACCACAGAGGCAGAGCCAGUUGUGAACGAGACUGAAAUGGUGGAGGAUAUAGAAGCGGAGGUGGAAAUGGAAGCGGAACCGGAAGCGGAAACCGAGAUCGAGGAGGAAAUGGAUUCCGGCAAAAAGCAGACUGCUAGCAAAUCGUUCAGCUUCUUUCGGAGACUCAUCGGUCGCAAACUUCUGCAGCUCAGCUAUCCCAUACUAUUCUGCAGCUUGGCUUUCAGUCUGAUUUACCUGUCGCGCAAGGAGUAGGCUACCGUUCUAAGCAAAUGAAAAUUAGAUUAUAUAUACAAAAGCAGAAACAAAAGA